UCUUGAUGGCUGCCGCCACCAUGUUGUGGGGCCUCAAGUGGUUCAUGCUUUUGAGCAAGAGACUUGGGCGUCAGUUCCCGCUGUGCAGGGACAAACCGAGCACCUCAAAGCUUUCAGCCUCACUGCUGAACGUGACUGUUUUUGCUGACAUUUAAGCUCCUGAUAUCACACAGAGAAGAGGAAGGAGCUGAAUGUGAGAUCAAUCUUGGCCAUCAACCAGCCGACAGCAAAGAUGGAGACCCUCAAUCCUUCGGCUCUGGCAGAAGUUCCCUCUACAGUCACCUACAACCCCAAAUCUGAGACGGUGACCCUGCCAGACGGAGUUGUGUCCGUGGCGGGCAUCACGGUGGUGACGGGGGGUGUGGAACUGUCGUGUGGAUCCUGCAUGUUGGCCUUCGGCUUUUGGGGAACCCUCAUCGGCUUCAGCUGCGUGGCGGUGGGACUGUGGGACCAGCUGAACCACUCCAGAGGAGGCACGUCUCACCUGCUGGGACUGGGACUGGUGAUUCUGGCGCUCAGCUUUGUGGUGGUGGGAAGCGUGUCGGCGUUUUACCUCCUGACGAAAAAAAGGAGAGCGAUCACAAGACAAGAGAGAGAGGAUGGAAAAGAAGUGCUUGUGGAGAGUGGGAGGGUGAUCAAAAAAGUCACUGUAUAAAAAAGCCUUGAAUAAAAAAUCCUGUAAAGACUGUAAACAACACCGGGUCAGAUAUCGGGGGGAUAUCUUAUUUCUGUGUCAUUUCCUUCAGUCUGAACGAAAUGACUAAACUGAUUCACUCCUCUUGUUUUUUUUCAUGUAACAACCACUUUUAUACAAGUCUUGCUGCACUUUUUUCUUUUUUUUCUUUCCAGUGUUUCUGAAUUUCAAAAAUAAAAUCAGUACACUUGAUGAAUAUA